AUGCGGGCAGGCAAGAAUGCAGGGAGCAGCAGAACACGCGCCCUCGACUCAACUACUACUUCUACAGUACAGGAGUCGGCCCCCGUUUUGCAACUUCGAGGGUCUCCUAAUGAUCAGCGGGAAGGGGCAACCCACACUCCGGCAGCAACUGGUAGCCAGGAGAAGAGGGAGGUGCGAUGGAAAGAAGAUGUAGUUGACAAUGAGCACAUGAACAAAAAGAAAUCCAAAGUUUGCUGCAUUUUUCACCCCCAGCAAAAUUUCGAGGACAUGGACGAUGAGUGCGAUCACUGCGGCCAUAGCGACUCAUCGUCCUCGUCGUCAUCCUCGUCAUCAUCUUCAGAGUCAGAGUCUGAAAAAGACUUGGAUAGGGAGAGCAGGCACAACGCAAGAAAAGAAAGACGGAAGCGAAAGCUCGCACAAAAGAGAUCUACAAGCCCAAAUGCCUAUGAGAUUCAGCCAGAUUACAGUCAAAACAAAGACAAGCAAACGAACAAUCAAUAG